AUGACGUACAAGCGCAACGGAUUCUGUGAGCAGACAGUGCCGCUGUUCCCCUACAGCAUUAUAGAAGGCGCCGGUAAGCGACUCAUCGUAAUCAAACCAAGGAGAAACCUGGUCAGCAAUAGACUCAGGCUGUUCAAAGACCUGAUGACCGACGCCGUGUUCAUAUGCGACGACGACACAAUCAUCAGUGAGAGCGAACUGGUUCGUGCCCACACGCUGUGGAGAUCGCUUCCUGAUCAUUUGGUCGGUUUCGCUUGCAAGUCGCAUGUCCACCAUCCUAACGAAACAGAAGAGUACACCUACCUCGCCAAAGACUACGACGGAAAAUACUCAAUCAUAUUACCAGCUCCCAUGCUCUUGCAUCGUGACUGGUUCACGCUUUUCAACCGUCUGCCUGCAUCUGUCUACGACAUGAUGGACAAGUACAACAACUGUGACGACAUCGUCAUGAACGUUGCCGUUAGCAACGCGACGCAGCAUCCGGGCGUCUGCCUUAUUGCGCGACAUCAGGAGUAUGCGAAGAUCGACAGUAGAGCCCGGCAGUUCAAGGGCCAGAAGAGCAAGAACACUCACAUACUCUACAGGACACGGUGUCUGAACGAACUCAGCGCCAUCUAUGGCUACAUGCCGCUACGAUACAACAACAAUUACGUCACGACUCUAUUGAGGACAAAAUCGUGAAAGGAGGCGUGUCCGGAAUCGCACAACUCCGAUAACUGUUGAGUCGCAUUGCCUGUAAAGGAAGAAAUAUGGGUUAUAGACUUUAUAGUAAGUGCCAACAGGGAAGUCCCUUCUCUAAGUAGCUUCCCCUCUUUAGUCCCAUCGUAUCGAUUGUCUCGUGUUGAUUGUUUUAGCUAAAAUGUCUGUGCCACACUCAAAUAUCAGGGGCAGUGCAUUGUAGACACCGAACUAUUCCGCCAGAUUGGUCACUUGCUUUUAGAUGAGGCAAUCAAAUGCCUUAGCAGUUUUUCAUUCAGCUACUGGUUGCUGCACAAGCACGCAAUCAGUAAUGAUUUACGUCAGACCACCUCGCCGAGGAGAGAAGGCUUCUAGCUGGUUUGAUGAUAUUACAGCACGCCACUAACGUCACACACUGUCGGCUUCUUCAUUUCUGUCCACACGUAGGUGUCCUGAAAUGCGCACGGUAACUAAGUUACUAUACUAUUCUUUGCUCGUGUCACUGCAUUUCAUGAUGCCUUGUGCGGCAUUCUCUGGCAUAGCUGAUUUGAUAAAGAAGAAACUUGAAAGAUUCAGUACCUGCAAACCUAAAUGGGUUGUACGCAUAAUUAUAAACAUAAUUAUUGAUUGAUUUAAUUAAUUAUUUAUAUUUUUUAUUAAAAAUGGGAAGAAUUUGUCGCUCUUGCCGAAUAAUAGCAGAUUUUGUGGGUUUAUAUUGAUGUUUUUUACUUGCUUGGGAAAUGCUAUUUUAUACUAUUCCGGUUGAAGAAUAGAUGGUUGUUCUAGGGAUGCAAGGUGUAAAAGUCAGUUACCCUCCUGUGAUGCAUUAAUAGUCGUGCAUGAUGCAUGGAUGAGAAGUAUACUGUAACAAUUUUAUGGUCUUAAGAAAUAUACGAGUUUUAAUUCCUGCA